CCACUCCGCCGCACGCGUCCUGCCUGCGCAUGGCGACGCUGCAUGCGCGCGCGCCGCUACUGCCACGGGCCCCACCCCAGGCAUGCCCCGCCGCCCACCUCGCCACGCGCCGCCAGCCCCGGCUGUCGGUGGCCGUCUCCGCCGGAGGAGGCGUUGGCGUCGGCGGGCCCGAGCUCCGCACGUGCAAGAACUGCAAGAAGCAGUACGACCCGGCGGCGAACCACCCGUCGGCGUGCCGCUACCACACCGCCCAUUUCGGAGGUGAAACAAAGAGAAAAUUUGAAAGUGUCUAUGCUGGUGGAACAUUGGAUACUCCAGAUUCAGGCAAAGUGUUCCAGUAUUGGCAUUGUUGUGGAUCGGAGGAUCCUUUUGAUCUUGGCUGUGCACCUGAUGAAUCUUUUGUAUGUCCUAAAUGAGGAAUGAACAGUGGUACUCUACCUUCUAACUGAACAUGGCCACUAUACUCAAGUUCCAAGGACCAUAUAGCGUUGCCCUGUUUUCAGCUGAUAAUGGCAAUGGCUUGGACAUGUCUUACUAUGAUUUAAUCCACAUGUCAUAGCAUAUUCUGUCACCUUGGUGGCUUUCUGUCAACAUCUUUGGUAGCUCUGUGUCGACAUAUUUGAUUGAUGUGCAAGAAGAUUGGAGUAAAAUGCUUGUUAACUUCAUAUGUUUGCAUACAUGUUAAAUGUGCUUUAUGCUCCUGUUUGGCAUUAUCACUUUACUAAGAACUGGU